AUGUCUUGCCGAGAAGGACGACAACCUCGGCGACGUCUCCUGCGCCGAAAAGACAAAUUUGCGGCCUUGCCCCUCCAGGCCAUGAAGACGGGCGACCUCCGAAAGUCUCUCUUUCUCUCCGCCAAGGUGCUCAAUUUGACGCGUGCAUUGGACACGUUCCAGGUGACGUGGCAGGUGUACGAGGAGCUUCGGAACCAUUUCGAGGAGGACGAGAACACGGCGGUGGUGCUGAUACGGGCAUUGGCGGACGAGGGGCGUCUGGAGGAGGCGACGCGGAAAGCGCUU